UCGCGCAGCCGUCGACGUGCACAGCCCCGCGUACCCGAGCACUCGACUCGGCCCGACCGCGCCCGCCCGCACACCGUUUCCGAAUCUUAUCGUUUUCGAACGAGUCUAUUUGUUUUGUGCGAUAAAUCAAUGUAACGUAAAUCUUGCUAUAUUAACAUCCUCCAACGACCAUUCCGAACCCACACAAAUUGAGCAUUUAAUUAAUAAUAUUGCUAUUAAAUUAUCGUUUACGCAGCGAUACGUCUCAUUGGCGGGCGUGGACUAGUCAAGUUAGUGUCUCGCUCGCUACUAGUCGAGUUGUUAUUUGAAAAGAGAAUCUAUAGAGAGUGCUCGUAACGUUGCAGGAGAGCGGAAAAUUGAACGCUCUACGUUCCAUAUUUAAACUUUUAAAUUAUUUAAUAUAAUUAGCGCAGUCUCAGUUCAGUAUACACAUACUUUUUAAUCGUCUUGCAUUGUAUUUUGUUCUUAAUACUCUUUUUGGACAGUAUAAAUUAAAAAGUAUAAUUUCAUAAUUUCGUAUUUGUUGAUUCUCGGAUGUCUCGUAACCCGAUUCUAUUGUCGUGGCCAUUACUAAUUUGUGAAACAGACUUGAUAUCUUUUGUUUGACGAAACAAUAAAUAAGCAGUUUUGUGAUAACAUGACGGAUUUGUGAGUUUAUAAUUUAGUACGCUGCUGUAUAGUGUUAACGAAAUUUUUUUUUUAUAUUCCUGUCGUUGAUCAGGACAACAUUAUGGGUAAAGAAGUACAGAAAAGGUGGCGCUCAAUACGUGACUCAUAUACCAAAGCGUACAGGCAGGGCAAGUGUGUCCCACCGGAGCAUUGCCAGCCGGGUAGCCGACGCUACCAAUACCACAAGCAGAUGGCAUUUCUGCUGCGCGCCUUACAGAACAAAAAGCCGAGAUACUCGCAAGACAAACACGAGUCGUAUUCAGAAAUUUCAAACUCGCCGCAGCAUCCACCUCCGGAGGAUAUUCCUAAGAUGAGAACAGACGUAAUAGACAAGCCGCUAGACCUUAAAACCAAACCGGAUGUUCCGGAGAAGCCUGACACGCUCGACAAAUGUAGCCAAGCUACCUUAGACAACCAAGAGAAACCACUGGAGUUGAGAAAUCAGUCGCUAGAAAUAAAAAUUGACCCCAUUUCAAUCCUGCCACAUGAUCAUUUCAAUGAUGACAGACUGUUUAUGAAUUCACUGUUGCCACUUUUUAAAAAAAUGGACGACGACACAAGAUUAUUGUGCAGAAUUGAGGUGUUAAAAAUAAUUAGAUACGCGUUGCAAGGUCACAAAUGUUUCGAAGCGCUCAAAAUGGCGGAAGAUAAUUUUUUUAGAAACGAAAUAAGCGGAAUCCUGCUUAAAGAGAAUGGCGUUGAAAGUUCUUUGAGCAGUUCCAAGUCUAGCGAAUCUAGGCUCUCGAUGGUUACUAGGUCGGCCGAUGGCACGAGAACUACGAGGAAACGAAAAGAUCACUCGCCAACACCUACUCCAGUACCAGCCAAAAAGAGAGGACCAGGUCGCCCGCGAAAGAUCCGCCUCCCUCAGUCUGAUUCUGAUGAAGAUCAGCUAUUAAGGAAACGGUGCCCGAAGCUGAAGGUGGCGCCUGUGGAGCCACGCCUCUCCGAGAUGGACGAGACGCUCAACAGAGCGACCAGAUUGUCCCAACUAUCGACACCGCUUUUCAUGAAGAUCUACAAUUUGGAACGUUCGAAGAACGCGCCGGUAUCACUAACUCCCCAGCAUACACCGAUGCUCAACAAAACGGAACCGGCGGAUCCCGAGCCGCAACCAAGUUAAACCUUACCGCCAUAAUGAUAAGAGCUAGUAUAAGUUUACUCGUAAGUUUCCAUUCUCUUAUGUAUUUGUUCUCAUUUGUCUUUUUGGUGAACGAUCUUAACAUGUCUCUUUAAGGAAAUGAACCAUUCAAACUAACAUUGUAAUGAUAAAAGAUUUGUUUUGAUUAUAAUGAAUAAAAUCAAAAAAUACUUAACCGAUUUUGAAAAUACUGGCACCUAUAAACAAUUAUAUUAUCGGCGAAUACCAUAGACUAUCGCUUUAUUCAUAAAAAAAAAAAACGUCAAACUACUCAUAAACCUAUUUUAGAUAUUGUACUGUUUCUAAAUUCUUAAUUUAAAUAAAAGUGACAACAGACUACAAAGAAGGGGUAAAUAGAUUCCUUCAGGGUUGGCAAUAUGCGCGUAAUACCCCUGUUAUUGCAGGCGUUCAUAGGCUACGGUAACCGCUUACCAUCAGGUGGGCUGCACGCUUGUUGCUACCUCAGUGGUUUAAAAAAAAAACAGUGUAAUAGUUAAAAUAGGUCUAUAGAUUUUAGUUUUUACAAAUAAGUGGGUAUAUGUCCGAUAGUAUUACUAUCUUCUUUCUAUCCUAUUUAAGAGCUGCGCUCUUAUCGGUGGAGCUCUUGCCACUCACUACAAUUUUCAGCGAGUCUCUUCACCUCUUGAUACGACACGACACCAACUCCUUCCUUGAUCUGCCUGAUAUAACUAUGUCUCGGUCUCCCUCUUUCCCUCCUUUCUUCUAUCUUACCUUCUAUUAUAAUGUUCAUAAGUUCGUCGUGCCGUAUCAAGUGUCCCAACAUUUUUCCCCUUCUGUCCUCAAUACUUCUAAUAAUUUGCCCUAAGCAGGACCUCCUCCUUGCUAAUUCGAUCCCUCCAGCUAAUUUUCUCCAUCCUUCUCCAGCAUCACAUUUCAAAGGCUCUAAGUUUAUCCAUUUCCUUCCGAGUUAAUGUCCACGUCUCACAUCCAUACAGAGCUAUACUCCAGAUAUAGGUUUUGAUAAGCCGCUUUCAAAAAUCUUUUGUUAUCUUAGCCUGUAAAAGGUGUUUUUUUGUUAUUGAAGGCUUGUUUGACCAUGGCUAUUGUCUAUUCCGAUAGUAUUAUAAAUAAAGAAUUUAUUAAUCGUUUAAUAAGAAUCGAAUCGAACAAGAAUCGAUUAGUGUUUCGAUUUGUUACUAAUUUUAUUUAGAGAGGUGUGUUACUGUGAUAAUUUGUACAGAACUCUGUUGUCGUUUAUAUUGAAACUUACUUUAUUCUUUGUUCCCUAUAUUCGUUUCUUAUAGUAAUAAAUCGUUUAUCAUAAAAAAAAAAUGUUAUCAUUCCAGUUUAAUUAUAUACAUAUACAUCGUCACUUUAAAAAGAUAUGCCAAGAUUGUUUACUAAAUAUAUUGAGUAAAAAAAAAAGAAAUAAUACUUACUAAGAGUGUUCAUAACUGGUACAGAGAUGAGCGGUUCGCUGAGUACCCUAAAUUAUGCUUUUGCGCAAUAAUGGCUGACUCACCCGUCAUACUCGUGAACGGGUGCUACUUGUGGGAACCGAUCCGUUUUAUAUUUGUUGUUUUUUCCAUUUAAUAAUACAUACAAAUAUAACUUUUCAUUGGUUGAUUUAUAUACGACUUAUUCAAUUAUUAAAGUUUUAGUUUGGUAGCAGAGCAUGUUUUAAAUAAUUGAAAUUUUGAAAAAUGUUUAGUUAUUUUUGAAAAUUGAUAGUUAAUUAGACAUUGGUAGGCUGAAGUUAUUGUUACUAAUUGUAUCAGCCUUCCCCAUAAGGGGAGUUUUGCUAGUCGUAGUCACGUUUGGCAGGUGGGUUGCCAACCGCAGUUAGGGUUUUAAAAUGUUUUAAGAGGGACACAGUUGCCCAUCCCUCGACUAUUGAAUUCCCUUAGUCGCCUCCUACGACAGCUACGGGAAAAGGGGUGGUCCAUUCUAUGCCGGGACCACACCAUGCUAAGUUAAAGUUGUGAACGCUCUUAUUAAUGUAGUCACAAUGUGACAAAUUGAUUAAUGUCCACAUUGGUGUAUGUCGGUGCCAACGUUGGCCCAAUUUGUAAUGCAAAAGUCUGUUGGAUCAUAAUUCGUAUUUUAUAAAUUUAAAAAUAAAAAACAAAUUUGUAGAUGCUUUAAAGAAAUGGUAACUCCAUCUGCGUGGUUGAGGGACCAUUUGAUGAUAUGUGAGGACGAAGUUAGGUCAGUUAGCCCAUAGUGAGUAAUACGUCAGGAAUUAAUCGCAAUGGUUUUCAGAAAGACCGCGUGAAAGUGGACCUUAGAAGGUAUAUUGAAAGAAAUAGGAAUUGUUAGUAAUAGGAACUAACAGUUCCAUUGCUAGCAAUAGACACUAUAAGGUCGACCUCCAUGCAGUCUCCUCUGGAAACCAUCUUGGUUAACACUUUGAGUGCCGACGAGCGCCAUCGCGCUCGUGCGCAUUGCAACUAAAAGUGCCACCGUCAUAGCGCUCGUGGAAUCAGUCGCUGUUUAGCUUGCUGUAAAAAAAAAAUAUAUUAAAAUUGGAUAAUUUUUGGAGGAGAUACAGUUUUUUUUAGAGACAAGGGUAAAUAACAUCAACACGACAAAGAUUUCUUUGGCAUUUUUAAGUAGAUAUAAGUAAAAAUCAAUGGCACUAAAAGGGUUGAUUCUUGUGGAAUUCGCCACGGUGGGCUAACUGACCUGCGUUCAUCCCUCCCUGGUAUCCCGUUCGCCGCGCAGACGGGAUUAUCGUUUCAUUGUUACCCAUUCAAAAAAAAAACAAUUAUAAUACAAAAUAAUAAAAAAGAAUAAAAAAUCUAAUAAAUAUUAAUAAAAAAAAAAAUAAAUAAAAAUAAAACAGGGUAAAUUGCUAGCAUUAGCAUGUAUGACUAGCAAGGGACUUAUCAUUCCCAAAGCAAUCCAUCUACAAAUAUAAAGUUCCUCAACAUUUCUUUUAAAUGAUCCACCAUCUUAAGUACCUCUAGUAUAUAAUAUUAGUGUUAAGGAAAUUGUGAUAUAAACGCUUAGAUUUAGUAAUUUAAAAUGUAAAAAAUUGUUAAUAUGUAAGUAAAUGCCAUUUUUAUAUCCGCUGUAAGUUAAAGUCGUUCGCGUAUAAGCAAAAAGGGUUUAAGUUUUUCAAACUCAAGUCUUGAUAGAGAGAGACGAAAGAUUAUUGGCAUUUAUUUAUUUUACAAUGUGUUAUAGUUAAGUCUUUUUUAUUGGAUGAAAAUGUUAUGGUUAGACCGUCUGUGAUAUUUGUAUACUCUGUACUCAGCCAGCGUGGGGCACCAGUCGAAGGUGAUAGAUGAGGAUGAAAGCGAUGAAGGAUUAAUUCAUGUCAAUUGGCCUUGAUGAAUUCACCAAGAGUUAUGGUGGUUUCCAGUAGAAACGCGUGGGUGUUAGAUUAGUUUAAAGUAAUAAGGAUUUUUAUGGUUGGGGAAGUUAAACCCCAUUAUAGACACUCCUCUUUCCCAUAAUAGGGCUACAAACCAAAAUCCAAUUAUAUGUUAAAAAUAAUUUAUCUAUUUCCAACCAACUUCAAUAAAAGAGAAGCCUCUCUAUUCGGCUUAUUACCUCCGUCAUUUAUAAACUAUAUUUGUUUUCUUUUUUAAUCUGAAAUUUUGUCAAAAACGGUUAAGUAGUUUAGUUUUUAAAUGAAAAUAAAUGUAUGUGCCACGAUUGAAGUUGGUAUUUCAUGAAAGAGAUUCUUAAAUUAUUUAAUUCGUUAAGGACAUCCUAAUUUUACUAAGUACGCUAGUAAGUAAAAUUUUUUUAAACCUUUCUGUUACACCCUGUAUAUGCAUUGGAUGUGUGUGUUGUCUAACCAUAUUGGUGCACCCUGUUACAAUGUAUUGAUAUUUCUUUUAUAAUUUUAUUUCUCAUUAAAAAAAAUAUAAAUGCGUUAACUGGUAUAAAUAAUUGCUGUUUGUAAAAUCGUUAAUAUUUGUAAAAUUGUUCAUUAUUUCGUUAACUGUCCACUACUGGACAUGAGACUUCCUAUAGAGGGAGUUUUGCCUGUAGUUGCCACCUUUGACAGGCAAAAGCAUUUAGUUUUUAGAGACGUUUUAAUAGGGACGCUUCUGCCGUACCUUCGAUCAUUGUUUCCUGACUCGUCUCUUACGACACCCAUGGGAAAGGAAAGGGUGGCCUAUUCUAUGCCGGGACCACACGGCCAUUGAAAAUUGAAGCAUGAAAAAUGCCAUGUACUGAAAUUAUUGGUAAAAUAUAAUGUCAUUAUUAAUAAGUUUUUUAAAUGGUUUUUCAAUGGCGAUAUUGAUUUUUAAAUUUUUUUUUUUAAAUAUUUGAAUUCCAAGGAAACGAAAGUAUGAUAAUCGUUUGUAAUAAUUUUAACUUUUUAAUUUCUGACAAUUGAAUUAUAUUAAUAAAACAAUAAUUUAUA